ACGAGACGAGACGAGACAGGGAGAUAUGAAACAAUGGCGUCGCACGAAGUGGGGAAUUCGCACACUCCUGCCCCUUCCAAUCCAUUCCCAAUUCCAUUCCCAUUCAAUUCCAUCCCCUAUGUCUCAUGCCAGUCGCUUCGCAUCCUGGCUCACAGCCAUCGCUCUGCCCUUUCUGCGCCUCCUCCCUCCCUCCCUCUCUCUCUCUCUCUCUCUCUCUCUUGCUGCCCCCCUUUCCCAUCGCCCAUUCCAUCCACUGCUCACGUACUCACUCACUGCGCACCCCGGAUGGAGCUUCACAUCUUCUCUUCCAUCGCCCCAACAAUCCCCUGAGUUGAUCUCCUUCGCUCUACCAGUCUCUGCCUCAAUUGCCCAGCUCCUGAGUGACUGCUCAUCAUUCAGUCCCUUGAACCACACGGACUUGGAUUUGUCAGAAGUUGGCAGUACCCACCUGCUGCAAUUGGGUGACGAGGUUUGCAUUGCUGAACUGCAAUGCGUCAUGGAGCUCGAUCAUGCAAAUAAAAUGUCGCUGCUCUCGGUUGGGGUUUUGGUUCUCCUGCUAAGUGGCGUGCGUGGGUCUGCCGAUGAGACGGAUACGGAGCUGGACCCACGGAGUAACCCCGAGAUCCAGCACACGAUGACGGCGUUGGCCAACAUCACCGACAUUCUGGAGCUGGUGGCGUCGGAGGGCGGCGUCAUUGCCGAUGAUUGCGAGCGGCAGAUCCAGACCGCUAACGAAACGCUGCACUGGCUCACUGACCAGAUCCCGCGCACCCCGCUGCUGGAAACGGCCAAAUUCUUUAGCAGUGCUGCAAAAGCAGUCUCUGCCUGCAAUGCAUAUCUGGCGUUACGCGCUGAUACGUUGCCAGUCUCAACCAUUCAAAUAAGUAAAAUUGCGCUGUCAACAGUGAUGCAGAUGCUGACACAGCUGUCUUCAGACGCAGAAACGGUAGUGGAUGUGGAAAAAAACGUCAAUAAGACUAGCAGUGAUUACCACCAUGUAGAUGGUUCCAUGUCGCACUCCAACGAAUCUAAGUUGUUAACCCCAUCCACAGACGGGGACGAUGUUAAGGAAUGCGCCACGAUAAACCCGACAAACUGCCAGUUCUCUGCAUGUGGUAAUGGGAGGGGUCUCACUCGAUGCGCAUUUGGCUACGCUGCGGGAGUCACCGGAGGCUUGAAGGGAAUAUCCUAUGUUGUAACAAACAACGAGGAUAAUCACAGGAAGCCUUCACUGGGGUCUUUACGAUACGGGGUGAACCAAGGUGGUCAAGCGAAUGGGGGUGUCUGGAUCACGUUUGCCAGAAGCUUUGAGAUCACGCUCACUGACCUACUGUGGAUCAGAAGUGGGACUACAAUCGAUGGUCGAGGAUUCAAUGUCACAAUAACGGGGAAAUGCAUAGUGUUAUGCGGAGUUUCCAAUGUCAUUCUCCACAACUUUCAGGUUAGCACGGUAGGGGAGAGCGACACGGUGCACAUCUAUGCAGGGUCGAGCCGAAUCUGGGUGGAUCACCUCACUUCCACAGAUGCGAAGCUGGGGUUGGUGUCAGUGCUGCAAGGCUCUACGGACGUGACGAUCUCGAACUCGUAUCUGUCCAAUUACAACUUCAACAUGCUGCUGGGCGCCUCGGACUUCGACAAGGAAGACGCUGGAAUGCGGGUGUCGGUGUACCGCAAUUGGUUCCAGAACUCGAUGCAGCGGAUGCCACAUUGCCGGUGGGGGAAAUGUCACGUAAUGAACAACUUGUAUACCAACUGGGGUUACUAUGCGUUGGGUGCGCGUGUAGGCGGGAAAAUUUACUCCGAGUCGAAUUUGUUCGUUGCAAGUCGGCGGUCGGAGAUUACCCACUGGUUUAACGGGAUUGGAACGAAUUACGACAACAGUAUUUUUAUCAAAAGCACCAAAGACAUCUUCCUCAACGGCAGCACUUUACAUGAGUUUCUAAAUCCGAAUACAACUGAAUCAAGCGAUGACCUAAACACGAUUUACAAGAGCGACAAGUUGUAUCCCCCAGCGAUUCUUCCGGCAACCUUGAAUAAGGUGUUGCCGAAUUGUGUCGGUGCUGUCUUCGGUCAAAGACUUCUCCAAUGUUCUACGUAGACUACAUGCUUGCCCACCAACAAAUUCCAACGUGUAUCAUGCUCGGAGGAAUCGACUGAUUCAUGAAAACUCACAGCCACAUGAAAUCGACUGAUUCAUUGUCCAGAUCCAACCACUUGUUCUCGGAGCGCCAGUCAUCUUCUCGGCUCGACGCCACAGUUGGAUGUAAACUGGUCCAACUGGGCUUGAGAGAACCAUCGCAAGUAGUCUGAAAGCAGUCAGAAACUAAAUCCAUGUCCCACUGUUAUCGCGACACGAUCACGAUCCUUUGAUGGCCACUCCUGACUCAGGCUUGGAAACGAAACUCAGCUACGAUCGUCGAAGCGCUCAUGGUCACCUCUGUCGUCGAGGUCUGGAGUUGAGAAUCGUACCCGGAUGUGAUCUUGGAUCCGGUUAUCAAUUUCACGAAGUCAUUGGUAGGCGCCCGAUGGUCGCCGGUAACCGUUUAAGCCUUCCGUCCGUUAUUUUUCUAAACCCUUGAAUUGAACUCUGUGUCCAAUUAGCAACUUUCAAACUCAAUAUGUCAUAUAUAAUUAAAUUUUAUUCCCCAGAAAUUGGAAUUUUUUUUGAAAUUAAAAUAAAAUAUUCUUUGCAUGAA